GGACCCAACGGCCUGCCCAACGGCCACAACGGCACCCCGCACGGCAUGCCGGCGCCGCCACCGCCGGGUGCAGGCACGGGCAUCCCCAAGCCCACCGCCGCCGUCAAGGGCACGAGCAAGCCCGCCAGGCCGGACAGCCACCACGGCUCGCUCAUCUCGCUCAAGGACGCCAGCAAGGACCUGGUGAUCAAGCCCAGGCAGUCGCCCACCAAGGACGAGGCGGCCCUCAACCACUACAACAACCCCGUGGACGUGGUCAACUCCAUCAACGGCGGCCUGAGCGUGGCGCUCGUCAGCCCCUUGCAGCAGAGCGACCUCAACGACUCCACGCGGACGGACUCGCGCACGGACUCCUCCAAGGCGGACUCGUCGCUGUCCAACUCGACCGGCCACAGCAACUCGUCCGACGGCAGCAUCGUGUUCCGGCCGAGCGACUCAGACUGCAGCAGCAUGAUCAUGAGCAAAGACUCAAACAUUUCCAACGGCCAUGCCAACGGCGUCCCCAACGGCCAGGCGAACGGCCACGUCAACGGCAACGGCCACGGCCAUGCCGCCGAGGGCUCCUUCGACGACGAGGACUCGACCAUGAACGUGAAACCGAUGCAGCCCUUGCUGCAGGGCUACCACCGCACGGGCCGCGGCCUGGUGGCGCCUCAGGGCGGCCCGCAGCCCGCCAAGCAGCAGAAGUACCCCGCCUACAAGGUGGAGCCCAAGCGGUCGGAGGCCGACGUGGAGGCCGACAUGUCGUCCGGCUACAUGUCGGACGGCGACGUGCUGCGGAGGCGGUCCAACCAGUGCGGGCUGCCCGACGUCGCGGACGGCUACAUGUCGGAGGGUGGUCACGGCGCCAUGGCGUACCGCGGCGCGCACGACAACCACAGCCAGUACUCCCCCGCUGGGUGCAAAGACGGACAAGUGCCGCUGCAGCCAGGCAACCCGCAGCGCGCCAAGCCUCGACUGGACCAGAGCCUUCCCCGGUCCAUCGGCGAGUUGUCCGCCAGCCGCGGCGACGGACCUCAGGUGGUGGGCGGACUGGUGAAGCAGCCCCUGCAGCACCCCCACCACCCGCAGCAGCAUCACCAGCAACAACAACAGCACCAGCAUCAUCAACAACAACAGCAUCAUCAACAACAACAACAGCAACAACACCAGCAACAACACCAGCAACAACAGCAACACCUGCAGCAGCAGGCACAACACCAGCAGCAAAACCUGCAGCAAACCCUGCAGCAGCCACAGCAGCAGCAUGGGGGCGGCCCGCAGGUCGUGUACCGCGUGGUGGGAUCCCGUGCGCACGUCAAGAAGACCGACAGCGGCCAGCAGACGGACAACGGCGGCUUCCGGCAAAUUUCGAACGUUCAGUGGAAGAAGUUCGUGGAGGGGGACCGCGUGCCGGAGCUGCUGCGGCCCAAGGGAGACGCGGACGGGCUGAGAGAGCGCGAGCACCCGCGGGACCACUCGAGGCACGUCACCUGCACCAGCGACUACAAGUCGUACUCGCUGACGGGCCCCGCCGCCAGCCAGCUGUCGCAGAGCGUGCGCGACCGCCUGAUGCAGGGGUCGCACUCGCUGCCCAGGAACGCGUCGGGCGCCAGCGCGGCCCACGAGUACACGCUGCCGCACCGGCCGUACCGGCCCAGCGACGGCUCGCUGUCCGACUCCAACUACACGGACGCGUACUACAACAACAGCCCCUACGGCUCGUGGCUGCGGCACAGCGCGCACGGCGGCAGCACCUCGGCCACGGCCUACACCGCCUCGCUGCCCACGCGCUCCAACAAGUACGAAGCCGGCAUGUCCGAGGCGGACAGCAUGGAGUCGCUGAGCUCGCUGCCCGCGCUGCAGCAGCACCGCGCCAGCCUCACGCACCCGCGGCUGCAGUCGGCGCGCCUCAACCGCAGCAACAGCAUCCGCUCCACCAAGUCCGAGAAGAUGUACCAGGACAUGCUGAGCUCCACGGGGCUGGGCGGGCUGGGCUCGAGCGCCAGCAUGAGCGGCCUGCCGGGGCUGCAGGGCAUGUCGGGGCUGCAGCCCAUGCCGCACCACCACUCGUCGCAGCCCACCAGCCCCACCGCGGGCCAGCUCGCGCAGGGCGCGUCCAGGUUCAACUACCCGGGCAUGUCCUCCAUCUCCUCGUCGGCGUCGAGCCACGGCAUCAGCCGCAACAGCAUGUCGCCGUACUCGGGCAUGAUGAAGAUCAACAACAAGGACGACGACGUGCACGGGUCUUCGGUGAGCCUGGUGUCCACGGCGUCCUCGCUGUACAGCACCCCGGAGGAGAAGCAGGCCCACGAGAUCCGCAAGCUGCGCAAGGAGCUGGGCGAGGCGCAGGAGAAGGUCCACACCCUCACCAGCCAGCUGUCCACAAACGCUCAUGUUGUGUCCGCUUUUGAACAGUCUCUGUCAAAUAUGACGUCGCGGUUACAUCAACUGACAUCUUCGUCAGAAAGAAAGGAUUCGGAACUUAUAGAGCUGAGGCAAACUAUCGAACUCCUAAGAAAGCAAAGUGUGGAAGCAGGCUUAACAUCAGCAUAUAUUCAAAAUAUGUCUCCUAAUCUGACCAGAAGACAUACUGUUACCGAUGGGGAAGGAAUGACUAUGUCAAGACAACUAUCAACAGACUCUGUUUCGAGUCUUAAUUCUCUCUCAUCAGCCUGUAGCCAUUCAAGUUCUGCUCAUCCUGCAUGUGGGUCUCCUGGUAAUAAGAAAAAGAAAGGAUGGCUUCGCAGCUCUUUUAGCAAAGCUUUUUCUCGAUCGAAGAAGAACAAAAAUGGCUCUGUGUCUGAUGUGGAAGAUGCACGUGGGAUACACUCUGACCUCUCAGCACCUUCAUCACCCCUUUUAAACGGAGGAAAUGGUACUUUGUCUUCAUUAGUGAACCAGAACACAAAGUUGAGCCAGUCAUCAUCUGCAAUUUAUCCUGGGAAUGGUACUUCAGAUGACACUGACUGUCCUGAGUUAGUGGAAGAACUGCGAAAACAACUUAGAGAAAAGGACCUGGUGCUUACUGAUAUUCGUCUGGAAGCAUUAAGCUCCGCACAUCAGUUAGAGAGCCUAAAAGAUACAGUCAUGAAAAUGAGGAAUGAAAUGCUUAAUUUAAAGCAGGAUAAUGAAAGACUUCAAAGGAUUGUUACCAGUAAAUCUCUAACAACCUCUCAGUGUUCCUUAGCAAUGGAAGGUUUAGAGAGAAGAUUUAGUAUGACCGAUGCCACCAAUUCUAAUAUAGAUUCUGUUGAUUUUCUGAACAACAGCGGGGGUUCAUCAACAAGCACUAUGUCAAUGGCAGCCUUAGCUGCCUUAGAUCCUGAUGGCAAGCGAACCCCUGUUGCUGUGCUCUUGGGUGCUCAUGGUAGUUAUGAAAGGUACAUGGAAGAGACUGCAGAAACACUGCCCCAAAUGUGUAGUGUGGCUGCAAUUGCUGUGUCAGGAAAAACGAAGUGGGAAGUUUUGGACACUUUAAUAAAACGCCUGUUCAAAGAAUACCUUUCGAGGGUUGACCCAACUACCAGCCUGGGUUUGGGCACAGAAUCAAUAGCUAGUUACCACGUGGGGGAGGUGGUGCGGUACAAAGAAUCACCGACACCAGAGCUCCUGCCUUGUGGCUACCUUGUAGGCAAUGCAGACUCCAUAACUAUUUGUUUGAAAGGGGCUGUUCACAAUGGCAGUGUCGAUGCGCUUGCAUUUGAGACUCUCAUCCCAAAAUCCAUCAUUCAAAGGUAUAUUUCAUUGCUCACUGAGCAUAGAAGAAUCAUUUUAUGUGGACCAAGCGGUACAGGGAAAUCUUACUUGGCAAAUAAAUUAGCUGAGUUCUUGGUACUUCGAAGUGGGAAAGAAUCAACUGUGGAAUCAAUUGCAACUUUCAAUGUUGACCACAAAAGUAGCAAAGAGCUGCGACAAUACCUAGCUAACGUGGCUGAACAGUGUGAGAAUAAUGCUGCAGAUUUACCCUCAGUAAUUAUUUUGGACAAUCUGCAUCAUGCAGCAUCCCUUGGUGAUGUUUUUAAUGGAUUUUUGAAUGCAAAAUACAACAAAUGUCCAUAUAUCAUCGGAACUAUGAACCAGGCCACAUGUUCUACCACUAACUUGCAACUUCACCAUAAUUUCCGAUGGAUUCUCUGUGCUAAUCACAUGGAACCAGUAAAAGGAUUUUUAGGAAGAUACCUUAGGCGCAAGUUGCUUGAAUCUGAGGCAAGAGAAGGAUCCACCAAUUCUGACAUGGCAAGAGUAUUAGAUUGGAUACCAAAGGUUUGGCAGCAACUUAACAAGUUCCUUGAGGCCCACAGUUCAUCUGAUGUUACCAUUGGGCCGAGGCUGUUCCUUCCAUGCCCCACAGACCUUGCUGGUUCUCAGAUUUGGUUCACCGAUUUAUGGAACUACUCCUUAGUGCCAUACUUACUUGAAGCUGUUCGUGAAGGAUUGCAGUUGUAUGGGCGUCGUGCUCCAUGGGAAGACCCCACUGUGUUUAUUGUUCAAACCUACCCGUGGACAGAGGAUGCAGUUCAAGGUGGUCAUGAAGCUUUGUUAAAACUCCGUGCUGAAGAUGUAGGGUAUGAUAUGCAACCAAUGAUUGCUGGUGGAAGCAGCAUACGAAGCAUUAGUUCUACUCACAGUGAUACAGACGGUGAUCCUUUACUGAACAUGCUAAUGCGCCUACAGGAGGCUGCCAACUACUCCAGUCCACACAGCAACGAUUCAGAUUCAGCAAGCCAUGACUCUCAUCCUUCUAGUUCACACACUGACUCAGUAAGCAGUGCUCAUGCUCGCCUGGAAUCUUCACUGUAAUGUUAUGAACUUUUUUAAAAUGAGCAUUUUAUUGUGACAAUGCAAGACCAAAGAGAUUUUUUUUAAAUCUAGUUAGGUGGACCAUUUGCUUGUUGCCUUUCAAUUUUGAUCUUGAUAUCAAAAAAAUUAGAAGUGGAAGAAUAGGAAACAAUAUUCCUCUUCUUCCAGCUCAGUUGUUAUUGACUGGGGUCAAUGGGGUUAUGCAAGUCAUAUGCAGCAAGUGAAUGUUGGAUUGUGCUAAAUACAGAAUAUAUCCUACAAUUUUAGUGACAUGACAUUUAUUCACGAAAUGUUUUGGCAGAUGCAAUGGAGAAGUAGACUGGAAAGAAUCAAUAAUGUUGCGGAAGAUCUGAGUGGACUGAAGGUUUUGAUUUUAAGGAAUCUCAACCCUACUUGAUUUGAUUUAACAAGAAAGCGCUUCUUUCUAAAGAAAAAAGUGUAUAUUCUAAAAAAAUAAAUCAAAACCAUGAGAAAGAUCUCUCUGAUGAAUGAUGCAGCUGUCAAAUAUGGUUUAUCGUAUUGGAUUGCUGCCACGACUGACCUCAUUUCUUCUUGCAACAUUUUAAUUCAUAAUAUUGCCUUGUGUAUUGGUAUGCAAAUGUUUCACUGCCAGAAGAAGAACUAAGUGUUCAUAUUCAUGUAAGGUAAAUGUUGUGUUAUUGUUCCAGCAACAUGAUAGUUAUGUUCCGCCAAAUGAUAUUUUAGUUUUUGUCUUAAUUAUUGGAAGAAGUGUAACUUUCGCUUUUUGCUGUAUAUUGAAAACAGUUGCCAAAGUGUAUUAAGAGGUGUGGAUAGAACACUCAAAUAAUGUAUUAAGGAAGGGUCACCCAAUUUUAAUUUCCACCUGUACAUUACCCUGAAUAUUAUGUAUAGAAAAUUGAAUCAGUAUUUUAACUUGUAAGAAAAUUUCAAGCCUUGAAUGGUUUUAAUGUUUGGAGCAUAAUCUAAUAACCUUGCUCUUUGUUAUUCAGAAUAAUUCUACUUGACUUUUGCCAGUUAUGUUUGUUUAAGUUUUGUUUUAUUUACCUCAAUGUGAAUGAAUCUAAGACUGCAGUACAUGGAGUACAUGUACUUGGAGUACAUGUAUGGGAAUGGAACUAUUUCCCUUAACCAACCUACCUGUUAUCUGAAACAUAGUUAAAAGAGAACAAUGCAUUUUCUUACAUUCUUCAAAAACAGAUAUUUUUUAAAACUCUGUAAAAAAAAUUUGAAACGUAUCCUACAAACCCUUCUAGCAGCUAAGUUAGGUAACUUGCAACCUUAUGUCGAGUAUCCUUGACACAAUAAAUUUGCUUGGACCAAAUUGUCCAGAACAAUAAUUAAUUCAAUGUAGACAUUUUUAUCGUCAGAUUUUUGAAGACUUUUUUUGUGUGGUUUGUUAACCUUGGUUGUAAACGAGUAAAGGUACUGUAUAUCUAAUGGCUUCUACUGCAGACUGCUAUUUUGAAAAAAAUAGGCUAAUUUGAAAUUUGGAGGGCUAGGUAUGCUAAGUCAACUUUUUAUGAUAAUAAUUAACUGUAUGAUUCUUUCAGAACCUAAUGUCAAGGUCUCUUUCUUUUCAAUAAAAAAUUGGAAAUCCUGUUUUUUAAUGAAGGAGUGUCAUACAUUAUAUUUUAUUCUGGAACUACAAUCCAGCAUGACACAUAGUCUGAAACUCAUAAGAGAAUAUUAGAAUGUGUUGAGAAUUAAACAAGUUUCUGAUAGCUACAUUUUAUGUAUAUUCCUUGUAAUAUUUCUGUAUAUAUUUGUACAUAAAGCCAUAGUUGCUGAAAGAGCUUCUUUGUUGUGUGGUACCUGUUUAAAAUUUUUAUUGUGUAUCAUAUGUAAAGUAUUUAUUUUGCUUGAUUAUUUUAAAAUAACUUGUAAUUAUAACAUGCAUCUCUUUUGCUGCUAAGACAAUGGAUGCAUUCUUUGUUGUAUUAUUUGGACAAUAAAAUUUGGUUUCCCUUA